AUGGUUAACUUCACCGUUGAGGAGGUCCGCCAAUUGAUGGACAAGGCUACGAACGUUCGUAACAUGUCCGUCAUUGCCCACGUCGACCACGGAAAAUCCACCCUUACCGAUUCCUUGCUCUCCAAGGCUGGUAUUAUCUCCGCCGCAAAGGCUGGUGAUGCCAGAGCUACCGAUACUCGUGCCGAUGAACAAGAGCGUGGUAUCACUAUCAAGUCUACUGCCAUCUCCCUGUAUGGUAACCUCCCAGAUGACGAUGACUUGAAGGACAUUGUUGGCCAAAAGACCGACGGAAGAGAUUUCUUGAUCAACUUGAUCGAUUCACCCGGUCACGUUGAUUUCUCCUCUGAAGUUACUGCUGCUCUCCGUGUCACUGAUGGUGCUCUCGUUGUCGUCGAUACCAUUGAAGGUGUGUGUGUGCAAACCGAGACUGUCCUCCGUCAAGCUCUUGGUGAGCGUAUCAAGCCUGUUGUAAUCAUCAACAAGGUCGAUCGUGCUCUCCUCGAAUUGCAAGUCUCCAAGGAAGAUCUUUACCAAUCUUUCUCGAGAACCAUCGAGUCCGUUAACGUCGUCAUCUCCACCUACUUCGAUAAAACUUUGGGAGAUGUUCAAGUUUACCCAGGUAAGGGAACGGUCGCUUUCGGUUCCGGUCUUCACGGUUGGGCUUUCACCAUCAGACAAUUCGCUCAAAGAUACGCCAAGAAAUUCGGUGUUGACAGAAACAAGAUGAUGGAGCGUCUUUGGGGCGACAACUACUUCAACCCAUAUACCAAGAAGUGGACCACCAAGUCUUCCCACGAGGGUAAGGAAUUGGAGCGUGCUUUCAACCAGUUCAUCCUUGACCCUAUCUUCCGUAUCUUCGCUGCUGUCAUGAACUUCAAGAAGGACGAGAUCCCAACUCUCCUUGAGAAGCUCAACAUUAAGCUCUCUCCUGAUGACAAAGACAAGGAGGGCAAAGCACUUCUCAAGGUUAUUAUGCGUACUUUCUUGCCAGCUGCCGAUGCUCUUUUGGAGAUGUUGAUUCUCCAUCUCCCAUCCCCAGUUACCGCUCAAAAGUACCGUGCCGAGACCUUGUAUGAGGGUCCUCCAGAUGAUGAGGCCUGCAUUGGUAUUCGUGACUGUGACCCCAAGGCACCUCUCAUGUUGUACGUCUCCAAGAUGGUACCAACAUCUGAUAAGGGUCGUUUCUACGCUUUCGGUCGUGUCUUCGCUGGUACCGUCCGUUCCGGUUUGAAGGUCCGCAUCCAGGGUCCUAACUACACCCCUGGCAAGAAGGAUGACUUGUUCAUCAAGGCCAUCCAACGUGUCGUUCUCAUGAUGGGUGGUAAGGUCGACCCUAUCGAUGAUGUCCCAGCCGGUAACAUUCUCGGAUUGGUCGGCAUCGAUCAAUUCUUGUUGAAGUCUGGCACCCUCACCACCAGCGACACCGCCCACAACUUGAAGGUCAUGAAGUUCUCCGUCUCCCCUGUCGUCCAACGUUCAGUUGAGGUUAAGAACGCUCAAGAUCUCCCCAAGCUUGUCGAAGGUCUCAAGCGUCUCUCCAAGUCCGAUCCUUGUGUGUUGACUUUCAUCUCCGAAUCUGGUGAGCACGUUGUUGCUGGUGCCGGUGAGUUGCAUUUGGAAAUUUGCUUAAAGGAUCUCGAGGAGGACCACGCUGGUGUACCUCUCCGUAUCUCCGACCCUGUCGUUCCUUACCGUGAGACCGUCACUGGUAAGUCUAGCAUGACUGCCCUCUCCAAAUCCCCCAACAAGCACAACCGUCUUUACAUGAUUGCCGAGCCUCUCGACGAGGAGGUUUCCAAGGAAAUUGAGGCUGGAAAGAUUGGUCCCCGUGAUGAUUUCAAGGCUCGUGCCCGUAUUUUGGCCGAUGAGCACGGAUGGGAUGUCACAAGAUGCCCAUUCAACAUCAUGGAUGUUACCCUCCACGCUGAUGCUAUCCAUCGUGGUUCCGGACAAGUCAUGCCAACUACCCGUCGUGUCUUGUACGCUUCAACUCUCUUGGCUGAGCCAGGUCUCCUCGAGCCAGUCUUCUUGGUCGAGAUUCAAGUACCAGAAUCUGCCAUGGGUGGUGUAUAUGGUGUUCUCACCAGAAGAAGAGGUCACGUCUUCGCUGAGGAGCAACGUCCAGGAACUCCUCUUUUCACCAUCAAGGCAUACUUGCCAGUCGGUGAAUCUUUCGGUUUCAACGCUGAUCUCCGUUCGCACACCUCUGGUCAAGCUUUCCCACAAUCCAUCUUCGAUCAUUGGCAAAUUCUCCCAGGUGGAUCGCCAAUUGACGCCACCUCAAAGACUGGACAAAUCGUCCAAGAGCUCCGUAAACGCAAGGGUCUCAAGAUUGAGGUUCCAGGUUACGAGAACUACUAUGACAAGCUAUAA